AUGUUCAAAUAUAGUAGUACAAGUUCUAGUACAAGGCCAGUCCUUAGCAAUAACCAAAGAGAUACGUUCCAUUCAAUCAUGCAACCAAUCAUAUUAUCCGCCCAGUGCCUAGGACUAUUUCCGAUAGUCGGAAUCACCGAGAAAACCACAUCCGCACUGCAGUUCCGGUGGUUUUCGCUCCGAACCGUUCUAAGCGUAACUGUGAUGACCAGUGCAUUUCUAGUAGCGAUCGCUGAGCUUCGACGGAUAGCAAGAACCGGAGUCAACUUUUCCAACAUCAUAAAUCCUUACUUCUUCGCUGAUACCGCCAUCAUCGUAGGAUUGCUUAUUCGAUUGGGCCGCCGUUGGGAGCAUCUUAUGGUCCAGGUGGAGAACGUCGAGCGGAUACUGCUGAAACCGUGCUACAACCUUGGGCAGGUACAUCUGAAGAGAAACUGUUGGCUUGCCGCCGGAUCGUGGUUGGUCUUGGCUACCACGGAACACUUUUUCGCCACAACAUCGUUCGUCAACGAUCAGCGAAUGGAAUCACUGCGCUGCAACUGGACUUACACCAAUGCGAUCGAGAACUAUGCUCGUCGAAACUACGCUUACGUCUUCAAUCUGCCCUGGAUGCCGUACAACAUUCCAGUGCUGCUGUAUCUAAGGUACGUGACCUUCUCAGUAACACUGGCAUGGACCUACCAGGACGUUAUCCUGAUCGUGGUUUGCAUCUACAUGAACACUCGCUACCGGCAGUUCUUCACCCGAAUCGAGGUCGCAGCCAGCGUCGAACGUCCACCACCAGCUGAAUCGUUCUGGGGUGAAAUUCGGUACCACUACAUUGCGCUGAGCGACCUGCUCCAGUCGAUGAACUACGAGCUGUCCGCGCUGGUCAUCAACUCCUGCAGCAACAAUAUCUUUCUCGUGUGCUACAUCCUGCUGCACAGUCUGGGCCCCAAACAAUCGACACUAUCGUUCACGUAUUUCUGGUUCGCCGUGUGCUUCUUCGUAGGACGAACCUGUACGGUUAUGCUGACCGCGGCCAAGUUCGACCGUACGCUGAAACGUGCCCUGCAAGUGGUGCAUCGAAUCCCCAAUGAAGGCUGGUGCGACGAGCUCAACCGGUAUUACCACCAUCUGCGAAUCGAAAAGGUCUCCCUGUCCGGGAAACGGUUCUUUUACCUCACCAGGAGGACCGCCUUUGGGAUGUUUUCCGUCAUCUUCACGAUCGAGAUUGUGAUGAUCAAGUACUCCAAAAUGGCCCGCAACUCUGGUGUUCCGGCAGACUGCUCAACGCUGGCGUUUUCACAGGAUUGA